GAUUGAUACAAAUAAAAAUUAAUUGAGACCUGAAUUCCUUUUUCGAAUGGUCGAGGGAGACUUUACGGAAUUAGAGAUUAAACAUGUGACUAUGGAAAUUGAUCUAUGGGUGGACUAACUAAUAUUGUUUACGAUUUUCAACGUUUUAUAGAAAUUUACCUAUUCUACUAUGAUAUUUUUUACAGGCGCAUUCGGCAUGUAUAAAGUGUCCUCUUUUACAAUAAAACGUAAGCUGUUUCUGAACUUAAUUCGCUACGCCCAGAAACAUUUUUGGUACGUUGAGUAUGAAGACUAUGGGAACGCUGUCAUGAGAGAAUGCAUGCGUCGAUUGACUGGAAUUGUCACAUUUGCCAUUUUUAUGUGUCAUUUGACAGUAGUGCUCCAUUAUAUCACACCACUCAUAGAGAAUCGAGGGAGAAAUGAAAGUGACAGAAUCUUUCCGUUUAGAUUGUAUUCCGAUUUUCCAAUUACUCUGUCACCCUGGUAUGAAAUACUGUAUAUUGGACAGUCAACUAACAGCAGCAGAAUCUCUACGUUCCAUUACUGUGUAUAUGUUGGAGGCAGCAUAACGCAAUUAUAUUUUUAUACAAUGACGUGUGAUAAUCUUACUGGAGCGAGCCUGGCAAUAUCCGAUGCGGCAUAUGACGUACGAUGGUUUCUGAUAGAAUGUGAGACUACGAGAAAGCGACUUGUAAAAGAUUUAUCGAUGGUCAACAUGAGAGCACAGAAGGCUUGUACUUUGACAGUUGGUGGAUUUGCACCGGUAACUCUCCAGACAUUCACAUCGAUUUGUCACACAGCCUUCUCAUUUUUGGCUUUGAUUAGGCAGACAUUGCAAGAAAAGUGAUCAGUAAGAAAUUCCGUGUAAAGAAGAUGGUAUUGCGAUGCUUCAUUUUUUUUUCAAAUAUAUUAUGCACUUUAAUUCUCAUUAUUCUUUCAUUUCUGGAUUGAUUUCAUCGUAGCGUUUUAUCCGAAUUUAUCUUCUUGAGUGGCAUACUUCACCAAGAAAAAAAAGUUUGCGUCUUUAUACAUGUAUUAAGAAACUCCUACUCAAACAUUUCCAAUAAAUCGAUAUCU